AUGUCGACCAAAGAUAAGACCAAAAUUAUUGAGAACUAUAUCUAUGAAGAUGAAGAGCGUCUCUUAGAUAAUGAUAAACAUUGUGACUAUAGAUCAGCUGAUAAGCAGUUUGUUUGGUUGUCGUUAACUUCGUCCAGAAAUUCAUCCAAAUUAUGGCCAAAACGAUGUCUUUGUUAUCAGAUAUUCAUUGUUUGCGUACUCUUUAUAUUUACAAUGUGUUCACUAUUCAUACUUUUGACCAAAUUAUCUGAAGAAUCUCAACAUUCAAUUAAUCGUUUUAUUGAACGCUUUCCAUACCUGAGUCGAGACGACAGCAAUGAAACCGACUCUUUUGAUAAAAGUUUUAUUAAUACAAAGCUAAGGCACGGAUCAGUUCGUGUGAUCACACAUUGCGGUACAUUGAUUGGUGGCAAAGAAAACGAUGCAUUUGUUUUUAAAGGUAUACCAUACGCUGAGCCACCAAUUGAUGCACUUCGUUGGUCACCUCCCGAACCCGUAUGUAAUCCCGACAGUCACAGGCAUUGCAACAAAUUUGGUUCACAUUGUUUUCAAGUGAAUCCAAUAUCCAGAGUAUUAGAGGGCAAUGAAGAUUGUUUGUAUCUGAAUGUGUGGACACCGACUAUCGAUCCGGAGGCUAACUUAUCGGUAAUGGUAUGGAUUCACGGGGGGUUCCUUCAGUUUGGAUCAGGUCAUCAGCCGGGUUUGAAACCUAAUGGAAAGUUAGCAAAGAAGACUAACACUAUCUACUUGAGUCUGAACUAUAGACUCCAUGCGUUUGGAUUUUUAGGACUCGACUUAUUGGCUAAUAAUACGAAAGAGUCGACAAACUUUGGUCUCAUGGAUGUCAUACUCGCACUCCAAUGGAUUCAAUUGAAUAUCAGAUCAUUUGGUGGCAAUCACAACAAAGUCACUUUAUUUGGCGCCGAUUCCGGUGCAGCACUCAUAUUGGCACUGAUGACAAAUCCCAUCUACCGAUCCCUUUACUACAGUGUUUGGCUCAUAGAUCCGGCCGUCUAUUUUGACCGAUCGAUAGCUAUGUCGUCCAAAGAAUAUCGCAAAAACUUCUUGAAGCGAACCAAUUGUCGAACCGUUGAUUGUUUGAGAUCACUGUCCGCUCAGCACAUAAUCCGUGCAUUUAUUGGCAAAAACGAUCCGUCCUUUCGGAUCAUCGAUCAAAACGAUUUACCCAUUUUAGGAUUUUUUGCCGAACAACUCAUUACUAUUGACAAUAGUAUAGUACUGGAUUGGUAUCCAUUUAAUAAAAUGCCAAAUGACAUACCAAUAUUGAUGGGGUCAUCGGCACAGACAGUCAGUUUCUGGCCGGGACCGCGGGAACUCAUGUCAUGGACAUGGGCUGACUAUAAUAAAUACGUGACAAUGAGUAUGGACUCAUUUGGGCCUCGACUUUCGCAAUUGACUCUCAGUCUAUAUCAGCCGUCAUCGCAUCGCACAGCGGCUAAGAUCACCGACGCCGAGCCAAUGACACCGCAACUACAAUACAUAACAAUGGUGUCAGAUAUGAGACAGAUUUGUCCCAUUAAUUAUAUGUCUGAAGUAUUGGCCACUAAAUCACAGAAUCCUUAUAUUUAUAGAUAUAUUUUUAACGCCAGAAUCUCUAAACCGGUUCGUGUUUAUGAAUAUGGAGUUAAUUAUAGUUUCCAUUUGAUGGACAUCUUGUCAUUCUUUGGCCAAUUGGAAGUAUGGAUCCGUUGGCCGACAUUUAAUGAUUACUCUAUAAGUGAGACAAUACAGCAAAUAGUAAUGGCAUUUAUUCAACCAAACAAUAGUACAGAAUUGUGGCAAUCAUUUCAAUGGCAAUCGUUUCCAAAACAAACAGCAGAAGUUGUGUCACAAUUAAACUAUACAUCAAUUGUGACCACAAAUUAUCAUCAAACAGAUCGUUGCUAUUUCUGGCAAAGCGAACAGUUCUUUUCCUAUAUGUGGACAGUCUAG